AUGGACAACACCAACCUCACCGCCCAACGUGCUGCUCGACGUUUCCUCAUGGAACGGGUUCGUAACGACUGGUCGUGGCCGGACGUUCCCGAGAGCUGGUCUGCCUCGGACGAAGAGGUGAGGGGUGUCACAGAGUUUCGAGAGCGCUUCUACGGGGAUUCGGCCACAGAAUCUGACCACGAGGCUGCGAAAGAUUCCACCAGUCCCUACCAGUUCGACUCCCCCGACGACGUUGGCGAUGCGCUCGAGUUGAAAGACAGGGAUCGGAAGAGGAGAAGGAGGGCGGCAUUGGAACAGGAAAUGACAUGGAACCCUGGGCUUGCUCAAUUCGUGGAGCGUCGCGACGCAUGGACGGGUGCUGCUUCUGUGAAAAAGUACGGCACACACAGACCUGCAAAGAAUCUUCGAGAACAGAGCGACAACCCUCAACCCAUACUCCCCUCGCCCGAUGCACAUCCUGCCGUUCCUUCCUCGAACAACGAACCAUUCGAGCCGCUCAUCCCAGUCGCGCCACGCAUGCUGGCCGACAAUCACAUCCGCGCCGCCAUAACACCAAAGUCCUAUCCAGAUAUCUACAACAAGAUCGUGGUGACGAGCCGCACACCGGCCGUUCCAGUGAACCUGGCAGACAUGACGAAAGCGCUGGUGGUGGGCUGGAAAGAGGCUGGUGAGUGGCCGCCAAAGGCGACACCUUUGGAUCCACUCGUUGGUCGGAAGAAGGCUGUGGACGCCGCCGCAGAAGGACCUUUCCUUUCCCAUCAUCCCCAUAUGAAGAAAGGCAUGGAGUCCGUGAAGCGGAUCUUCCAUCUCAACGGCCACCACAAUAACCAUGAUGCCUUGAGCAACCACGGGUGA